AUGGCCGAAGUGAACGCCGUCCAUGACGCCAGUCGCAAGCGCAAGCGCCGCAAGAACCGCAAGAACAAGCAGCAGCCGCUGCUGCAAGGCCACUACGUCGAUCCGCGAUCGCCUAUUGCCUCGACGCCCAUGAAGCGCCAGCGCACGAAGGCGGCAGAAACCAAUACUUCACAGCAAGCACCACCACCUUCAGAUGCCAGCAAUUUGGAUGGUGCCAAGUUCAAAGAGAAGGAAAAGCUCUUCUCCCCGCGAAAACUAUUGGCGGAAUAUGAUGAAGCUUACGAGGAGAAACAGCCGGGGGCGGUCAAAGCACGGACCAAGUUGAACUAUGACUUGGUGACCGUCUCAGAUGACGAGCUGGAGCAGAAACACGUGAAAGAGGGGGAGCCAGAUGGGAGCAAGGACGGGUUGUUCUCGCCCGCGCUCAAGCCUCCGCGGACGUCGCGGUCCACUAGUGCGUCUCCGCCGAGGGCUCAAGGCCGACUGGAUGUUAAGCUUCGACUUGAAAGUGUGCAGCCGGACGACCAAGCAGAGCACAGCGUUGUGCUGGCUACUGAAGUUUUUGAUGCCGAUGUGGUGAAUGAAGAGGAGCAUGAGGAGGAGGACGGCACGAUGAUGGAGCAUGAGUUUAACCCGUUUUACUUCAUGAAGACACUGCCGAAGUAUGAGGACAUCACGGAAGGCAAAAGACCCGUUUCUUUGCCGGAGAGGUCACGCAACGCACCAAAAAUCUGCUUGGUCUUAGAUUUAGACGAGACUCUCGUACACUGCAGCGUGGAUGAAGUCAAGGAUCCACACAUGCAGUUUCCGGUCACAUUUAAUGGUGUAGAGUAUACAGUCAAUGUGAAGAAGCGUCCGCAUAUGGAGUACUUUCUGAAAUGCGCGUCCAAGCUCUUUGAGAUCGUCGUAUUCACCGCGUCUCACCAGGUGUAUGCGGAGAAGCUCAUGAACAUGCUUGACCCGCACCGCAACCUGAUCAAGUACCGACUCUAUCGAGACGACUGUUUGGAUGUCUUUGGGAACUACCUCAAGGACCUGAAUGUCCUCGGGCGAGAUCUAUCAAAGGUCGUUUUGGUGGACAAUUCCCCCCACGCAUUCGGAUAUCAGGUGAACAAUGGUGUCCCCAUCGAGACGUGGUACGACGACGAAGCGGAUGCCGAGCUACUGAAUCUGCUACCAUUCCUGGAGAGCCUCGUCGAUGUCGAUGAUGUGCGACCCAUUGUGGAGCAACAAUUUCAAAUCCAGAAGCUGAUUGACGCCACGCCCGACGGGAUCAGCUAG